GACCCUGUCCCGGGCGAACCUGGCUGCGUCUUCAUCAAACCGCCGUUCACCGACUUCCCUGGGUCAGCCGAACAGAAGCCAAAGACCGGUCUCACGUACAACAUCCUUGCUGCCCAUCCUGACUGGUUCCUUGAUGUUAAAGACUUCGUUGGCCCCAACGCCGUCGUUUACCCAUCGCAGCUCGAGCCCCCUCGUGGCUGGUGCCCAACUAAGAAGAAGGAUGCGAAAGAUGGUUGGAAGGAAGGCGAGGAGCCCCGCCUCCGGUGCACUCUCUGUCGCAGGCAGUACGCAGGAGUGAACGCAAAAUCCAUGUGGAGACGACAUGUGUACGAGAAACAUGGGAUCCCGAUGGCCAACCGUCGCGAG